AUGAGGAUUUUCUUGGUUUGGACCCUUUUCCUCAUGACAGCCACGAGCACAGGUGGCUGGGCAGUGACAGGCCCCAGGCAGGUGACAGUGGAGCAGGGCAGCUCCCUGACAGUGUCCUGCAGCUACAAGCCACGCUACAAGCUCAGCUCCAAGUACUGGUGCCGCAAAAACUCCCCCUGGUUUUGCUUGAGCUACAUCAUCCAAACCGACGGCUCCGAGGUGACAGUGACACGGGACAGGGUGUCCAUCAGGGACAACCACACAGCAAAUUCAUUCACAGUGACACUGAGCAGUGUCACACCAGGGGAUGCAGGCCGGUACUCCUGUGGGGUGAGGAAGAAUGUGGGGAUCAAGCGAUGGCACAACACCAAGGUGAUGGUUUCUGCAGCUGUUUCAAACACAACUGAGGACAGCAAUGUGAGCCCAUUGACCACCAACCCUCUGUGCCUCGAGGGUUGUGGGGAGCCUGCAGUGUGGUCCCAGCUCAGUGUCAUCCACUUGCUGCUUCUGCUCAGCAUCAAGAUGCCCAUGGCACUAGCCAUGGUUUGUAGGGCAGCCUGGGUGAGGAACCAGUGCAGGAGCCGUGACCAGGAAAACCUGCAGAUCUUGGACACAUCCAGCAGCACCAGGGCACGGGGCUGCCCGCUUGUCCCAACCACCUCCGAGCCCCAGGGACGCCCUCCUGCCCCCCUGGCCCCCACCCUGCUGGGGCCAUGCCAACCCUCACGGCCACCCCUUGCCAGGAGGUGCCUGGAGAGCCUCAGCCCCUCCUGGCAGCCCCUGUGCUGAAGAGGGAAGGGUUUGGGGUGCAGGGAGCCUGUGUCUGUUGAGCUGCAGCUGCCAUCAGAAGAGAAUUUUGCAAUAAAGGCUGGGUAUCCUGC